AUGGCCCUGCAGAACAUUUACGACUUCUUUCUUAAACUCUAUCAGUUUUUGUUGUUCUUCGUUCGAAAGCAGACGAGAAGCGUUAUCCAGUACCAGGUCGUUAGAUAUGUGGCCGUUCCUCUUAGUCCGUUGACAUCCCAGAGAUUAAGUAUGAUCAGGCGAAAGGUUUUCAUACUGGAUUUGGACGAGACGCUGAUCCAUUCUCAUCACGAUGGCAUAUUGCGGCCAAUGGUUAAGCCGGGAACACCUCCGGAUUUUGUGCUGAGGGUUACCAUCGACAGACACCCCGUUCGCUUUUUUGUCCACAAGCGGCCACACCUGGAUUAUUUUUUAACAACGGUUAGUCGUUGGUACGACCUUGUACUAUUUACGGCUAGUAUGGAAAUUUACGGUUCUGCAGUGGCUGAUCGUUUGGACAAGAAUCGAUCUAUGCUGUUGCGACGCUAUUUCAGACAGCACUGUACAAUGGAUUACGGUGGAUACACAAAGGACUUGUCCGCCAUUUGUCCGGAUCUCAGCUCAGUGUUUAUCUUAGAUAAUUCUCCUGGUGCAUAUCGACAGUUCCCAGGUGAGAAAUCUUUAGCUCUUUAUUGUUUACUGUAG